UUUCAGCUUUGUUGGUCUCCAUUUUCUUUGGGGCGACGUUUAGGCAAAGAGGGGAAAAGACCAGAGAAAAUGAAUGAAGAAUACGACGUCAUUGUUCUGGGAACAGGCCUCACGGAAUGCAUCCUAUCAGGGAUCAUGUCUGUGAAAGGCAAGAAGGUCCUGCACAUGGACAGGAACUCUUACUACGGAGGAGAGAGUGCAUCCAUCACUCCCCUGGAGGAUCUGUACAAGCGUUUUAGCCUGCCGGGCAGUCCUCCUGAGUCCAUGGGAAAGGGUCGCGAUUGGAACGUUGACCUCAUCCCCAAGUUCCUCAUGGCUAACGGUCAGCUGGUGCGUAUGCUGCUGAUAACUCAGGUCACACGCUAUCUUGACUUCAAAGUGAUCGAGGGCAGUUUUGUGUACAAGAAGGGCAGCAUCUACAAGGUGCCAUCCACUGAAACUGAGGCCCUGGCAUCCAGUCUCAUGGGACUGUUUGAGAAACGCAGAUACAGAAAGUUCCUGGUCUUCGUUGCCAACUUUGACGAGAAUGACCCCAAAACCAUGGAAGGGGUUGACCCAAACAGGACCACCAUGCGGGAGGUGUAUAAGAAGUUUGACCUGGGCCAGGACGUGGUGGACUUCACUGGCCAUGCACUGGCCCUUUACCGCACAGACGACUACCUUGAUCAGCCUUGCUUAGAGACAAUAAACAGGAUUAAGCUGUACAGUGAGUCUUUGGCCAAAUAUGGGAAGAGUCCUUACCUCUACCCCCUGUACGGCCUGGGGGAGCUGCCCCAGGGCUUUGCCAGAUUAAGUGCCAUCUAUGGAGGAACGUACAUGCUGAACAAACCCAUUGAAGAAAUUGUUAUUGAAAAUGGCAGAGUGGUGGGAGUUAAGUCUGAGGGCGAGGUUGCCCGCUGUAAGCAGCUGAUCUGUGACCCCAGCUAUGUGAUGGACCAUGUCACCAAGGUGGGUCAGGUGAUCAGAGUCAUCUGCAUCCUCAGCCACCCAAUCAAAAACACCUCUGACGCCAACUCCUGCCAGAUCAUCAUCCCCCAGAACCAGGUCAACAGGAAACACGAUAUCUAUGUGUGCAUGAUCUCAUACGCGCACAACAUCGCAGCACAGGGAAAAUAUGUGGCCAUCGUCAGCACCACCGUGGAGACGAGUGACCCAGAGAAAGAGAUCAAACCGGCCCUGGACCUGCUGGAGCCUGUCGAGCAGAAGUUUGUGAGCAUCAGUGAUCAAUAUGCACCAACUGACAUGGGCACAGACAGCCAGGUUUUCAUCUCUCGCUCCUACGAUGCCACCACCCACUUCGAGACAACCUGCGACGACAUUAAAGACAUCUACAAGAGGAUGACCGGCACAGACUUCGACUUCGCCGAGAUGGAGCGCAAGAAGAACGACAUCUUUGGAGACGGGGCCGACCAGUAAUGGCCGAGUCUCCCAUACAUCUGUAACCGUGAAAUGGGCUAGCCGAUGAUCCAAGUAUAUGUUUUUUCGCCCAUAAAGGAAUUUAAUGUACACAGUUAUAAAUUAGCAUUUACCCGGGGGAGGGGGGAGGGGGGUUGGAGGGAGCAGGACCGAGGUGUACUUUUUAUAAUCAGUUUGUGAGAUGUAUAGCACUGAUUUCUGGUCAAUGCCCUGUUUUCAUAACUAUCAUGUCAGCAACCUCUACACCUGCUUAAAACUGGGGCGCUUAGUCCAAAGAUGCCAAAAUGCCAUCAGCUGUAUUCAAAGAGAAUGAAAGAUUACAAAUAUCAGACAGUACUAGAAGCAUUAAAGAGUAUUUUAUUAAAAACAAUGUGCUCAAGAUUCCUGAAAUAAAGAUUUUCCUGAAAAGGCGUGUUGUAAAGAUCAAAACUGUGAAAGUGACCCGAUGUGACAUGCUGAGAGUAUCCAGGUUAAGUGCUGACUUCAGAUUGUUUUGGAAACGAAAAUUUAUUUUGCGUAUAAUAGGAUUUCUGCUAGUUUCCAAUAAAAAGAAUAUGCUAGUUGGACAGAUUUGUAGAUGGAAAUGUGAUUUUCACAUCCUCCAUCUAUUAAAAGACUGACUAGUAGGAUCAAGUGUACAUUAAAAUACCUGUAAUAAGAGAGCUUUGUCAGACCGAAUAAAUGGGGGAAGGAUGAUUGAAUUGAAACCAACUGACUGCCUUUAGCUGUAAUACCUUAGGUCCAAGCACAAAGAGCAUACUGAAAGUAGAGGACUCACCGUUUCUCUGUUUUUCUUUUUUUUUUUUUAAAUGGUUUUGUUCUUAUAUCUUUAUUUCAGCGAACAAUGCAUAAAGAUCACUGUACUGAGAAAAUGUCUACAGCACUUAAAGUGUGCGUUAAUCAAGGCCGAGUUCUCUGUGACAUCUCUAGCGUUUGAAGGACCAAAUUGUCUUCUGCAGUAUUGACAUGACAAGGGCCUUGUGAAAUGUCAUCAAUGGGUUUAUUUUUGUUUUCUUUCUCUCUUUUUUUCUUUUUGGGAGGGGGGAAUCAUGAACAAACAGGGCUCAAAUGAUUUCUGUACUGCGAAGUAAAAAAAAAAAAAAAAAAACAAAUUGUGAAAAAUCA